AUGGUCAAGACUUCCGUCCUCAACGAUACGCUUAACGCUAUCAACAAUGCCGAGAAGGCUGGUAAGCGCCAGGUUCUGGUCCGCCCCAGCUCCAAGGUCAUCGUCAAGUUCCUGAGCGUCAUGCAGAAGCACGGCUACAUCGGCGAGUUCGAGGAGGUUGACGACCACCGUUCCGGCAAGAUCGUCAUCCAGCUGAACGGCCGUCUCAACAAGUGCGGUGUCAUCAACCCCCGCUACCCCGUCCAGCUCCGUGACCUCGAGAAGUGGGCUACCCAGCUCCUUCCCUCGCGUCAGUUCGGUUUCGUCGUCCUGACCACCUCCGCCGGUAUCAUGGACCACGAGGAGGCUCGCCGCAAGCACGUUGCUGGCAAGAUCCUCGGUUUCUUCUACUAG